AUGUCGUCAAUUAGUGAAUUAAUAAGCUCAAUAACAAUUUAUCUUGGUGUCCCCAUACUUAUGUGUGGUACUUUUGGAAAUUUACUUAAUAUUCGUCUUCUUUGGCGAACUCGUCAAAAUCCAUGUGCAUUUAUAUUUUUGGCUAUAUCAUUUAUUAAUUGUAUUGUUUUAUUUUUUCGUUUAUUUAUUAGAAUAUUAAGUGUUGGUUUUCAUCUUGAUUUGUCAUCUAAAAAUCUUAUUUGGUGUAAAGCGAGUGCUUUUUUUGGUCAAGCUAGUUUUUUAAUAUCAUUAACAUGUACUUGCUUAGCAAGUAUUGAUCGAUUUCUUGUUAGUUGUCGUCAAGAAAAAUACAGAAAAUUAAGUCGAUUGUCAAUAGCUAUAUGGGCAGUAAUUCUGACAUUUAUAUUUUGGCUAGCUCUUUUCAUUCCUUUUGUGACAAAUGCUCAAAUAGUACAAAAUGCUUUUACGGGUUUAUUUUCUUGUAUAUAUGUUGGAAAUCAAGCUUUUGUUAAUUAUCAAACAUAUUUUGCAUUUCCCGUUUAUUAUGGCUUAUUACCAAGUACAAUUCUGACAAUAACAGGUCUAUUGACAUAUAGAAAUACAAAUAAAUUACAAACAGGUCGUCAAAGAAAAUUAGUUCAAAGACAAUUAACAAAAAUGAUGCUCAUACAAAUUCCAAUAAUACUUUUUUCAACAUAA